UGGUCCUUUCAUUCUAAUUUUUGCUAACAUUAGAUUUUGAUCAGAUCCUACAUUAGCCAAUGCUAAGAACCUAAAAUCUAAAAUUUGUCUUGUCUGAUUGCCCUGUUUGUUAUUAUGUAAUCUAUUGUAGGCAUUAUUCCUCUCCUUUCUUGAAACGUAAUCUUUUGUUGAGAUUUGUAUUCAAAAUAGAUGUUGUUAAUCCUCAAUUCGUUGUGGAAGCAAAAAUCAACCAACUUCUCACCUUCAUUCCAAGUUCAUUCAUUAUUUUUUGCAUUAAAUGCGUUUUUGCUGCUCUUUUGUCUUUGACCAUGCCAAUUAUUUCUAUUGGGUAAUUGCUUCCUUUUGUAGUAUGCUUUAUUUCUCUGGUAUUAUCAAGCAGCUGUAUGUAUUAUUAUUUUCUUGUUAUUCCAGUUUUGUUAUUUCCUCAGUAGUUUUAAACUAAUCUUUCAUAUCUUGGUGGGCCAAUAUGUGGUUUUGUCUGUUUAAUGGAAACUUCCGCCCGUUUCUCUAAUAGGUAAGCUUUCUUCCCCAAUCAGUCCGUUUGGCAAUCAAGUUUGACAAAUUUUUUUUAUAAAUGUCCUGUAAUAAAUUGUGUAUUUUGGUGGGUCGUAAAUUGCUCCAAUUUCAUGUUACAAUAACGAGGUCUUUUUGAGCCAUGAGAGUACUUUUGGGAUUGAACCAGUCGAUCCUACUUCUAAUCAAUCUCAUCUUUCAUUAAAUUGAUUUUCAUAACCGUUUUUACCUCCUUGUACUGCAUCAGUAAAGGUCAUUUGAUUUCCCUAUUUGGUUCUCUUCAUUUUUGCAGCAAUUUGACAAGGUUACAUUUUUGCACAUUGUCUGCAUAGAUUUAUGCAGGUGAUUUUCUGCGUAAUUAACACAUACAUGAUAAGGUCUAGAGAAUUUUUGGGUAAGUCCGAUGGUUUGACAAUUUUUUCAUUGCGGAAUUAAUUUUCUUAUUUUAAACGCUUCUAUUCUAACUUUCAUAUUGACUAGGUAUUAGAUCCCGUUCAAUUUUUUUAUAUCCUCUGUUUUGUUAAAAGUGACCAUUACUUUUGGCAAAUUAGUAGCUUGAUGUAACUAACGGCUGUGAAUAUAUUAUACUACUUUCUACUGUUGGUAGUGAAUGAAAGUCACUAAGGAAGGAAUUGGGAGGUAUUAAGAGUAUUUCAAAGUGUUGAAAGAAAUUGAACGAAAGAUAUUGGGAGGUAUCAUUAGCUGUUGAGAGCUAUCAGAGUUGACGAGAGACAUUACGAUGUCUUGUAAGCCAUUCUAAAACCAACGGUUUUGUUAAGCACUGAAAGCCAAUAACAACGUAAGAUACAGUAUCAUAAGAUGUUAUUUGAAAUCAAUGGAAGACAUUGUGAUGUACUCCUAGCUGAUGGUAGCAAUUAGCAAGUUGAGACCGCUUCAAUGUGUGGUGUAAUCGGUCAAUUUGGACCUAACUAGUUUCUAAAAGCGAGUGGUUCUGAGUUCCAGUAAGACCAUCUAAAGAUACCGGGAGCUAUAUAGGCUACUCUAAAAUGAAUGGUUUUAGAGACAUUGUGAUAUACUUACAGCCGUUGGAAGCAAUUGGCAGAAAUUAGAAAAACUAGAAGAGAAAUCAGGAAUGAGACGAGCAUAUUCAUCAUCAAUUUUACGCUGACACAAAACGUGGUUUUUAUUUUAUAUUUUUUAUAUUUUACCAUAAUGAAACAUACGUUUCUUUUAUUGGUAAUCAAUUUUCAUUUUGCGAUCUCCGAUAUUUUUUAUACUAACAACAUUAGAAUAGAAAAUCAGAAUUUUCAUUGGGGUUGGAGUUGCAACAAUGAAAAAGAGGUUUGCCAAAGAUCCGCGGAACCGAUUGAUUUUAAUUUAGAAGAUUUAGCAAGUUUGUAUGUUAAAUCACAACGAUUAUGCAAAUUAACUUGUGGUCGUUAUGGACCACUUUGGCCGAGACCUAGGAUACAAACGAGUUUGUCAAAAACUGCGAUACCAUUUCAUCCGAGUAAAUUAAAAUUUCGCCCAUUUAUCGGCGAUGAAAAUGUUGCAAAAUAUUUAAAAGAGUUUGAAUCAUUAUUUUUGGAAAAAUUAGAUGGUGAAUGCAACGGUUGUCAAUUAAAAUCGGAUAAUCAAAUUACUGUUAUACUCACUGUUAAAGUUAAUUCAACGGAUUUAAUCCAUAAAACGGAUGAAAGUUACAUUCUAAAUAUUACUUAUGAUGAUGAAAUUAAAAAAGGUAUAAAUUUAAUGGUAAAUAUAACUGGAAUGACAAUUUUUGGUGUACGUCAUGGUUUAGAAACUCUAUCUCAAUUAAUUGUUUCAAAUAAAACCUUAAAAUACCACGACGAAGAAAAAAAUACAAUUUUAUUUAUAAUACGUAAAGCUUUUAUAAGCGACAAACCAGCUUAUUUUCAUCGAGGUCUUUUAAUAGACACAGCAAGAAAUUUCCUAUCGAUAUCAACGAUUAAAUCUCAAAUAAAUGGAAUGUCUAUGAGUAAAAUGAACGUUUUGCAUUGGCACGCUACUGAUACUCAAAGUUUUCCUAUAGUUUUUCCGAGCGUACCUAGUUUAGCAAGAUAUGGAGCGUAUUCUGAUACACAAACUUAUAGUUUUUAUGAAAUUCAAGAACUGUUAGAUUAUGCUAAAUUAAGAGGGGUUAGAAUUAUUAUGGAAAUUGAUGCUCCAGCUCAUGCUGGAAACGGUUGGCAAUUUGGUGCUCAUGCUGGACUUGGAGAUUUAGCAGUUUGUGUGAAUAGAUCGCCGUGGAGGCAAUAUUGUAUUCAACCACCUUGUGGGCAAUUAAAUCCAAUUAAUAAAAAUGUUUAUUUAACAUUGGGAAAACUUUAUAGUGACUUAGCUAAAAUUUUUCCUAAAGGAGAGUUUUUCCAUAUGGGUGGAGAUGAAUUAUUUAUUCCUUGUUGGAAUUCGACUCAAGAAAUUUUAGAUUAUAUGUCACAAGCCGGAAUGGGAAGAGAUUUAGAAGAUUUUAUUGUGCUUUGGGGUGAAUACCAAGAAAAAGCUUUAAACACUUUUAAUGCAAAUUUUGGAAAUUCUUCAAUAAUCCUUUGGUCAUCGACUUUAACAGAACCAGCUAUUAUAUCAAAAUUUUUAGAUAGAAUUAGAUAUAUUAUUCAAACUUGGGUUCGAAAUGAUGAUCCCAUACCUAACCAAUUAAUUGCAAAAGGUUAUGAUUUAAUCAUUUCCACAAAAAAUGCCUGGUAUUUAGAUCAUGGUUUUUGGGGAAACACCCGAUAUUAUACUUGGAGGACAGUUUAUGAAAAUCAAAUAAUUAGGCAUAGAAAUGUUUUAGGUGGCGAAGUUUGUAUGUGGGGUGAAUACACUGAUGAUUCGACAAUUGAUGGAAAGGUUUGGCCGAGAGCUGCAGCGGCAGGUGAACGAUUGUGGACGGAUUCGGAAGAAAAAAGUGGUGAAGUUGAAACGAGGUUUUUCAUUCAUCGAGAAAGACUCGUGGAGGCAGGUAUUAAAGCUGAUGCAAUUACUCCGGAAUGGUGUGUGCAGAACGAAGGAUCCUGUUCGUGAGGAUUUUAGAAAGAAUUCUUUUUUUGUUGUUCCUUAUAAUUAAAUAUUAUUUUAUAUUAAAAAUAUAAGCAAAUCAAACAACGAAUAAAGCUGUUAUAUUUUUGU